UGAAUAAAAUAUCUUCAAUAAUUUCAGCAACAUCAGACUAAUGGAUUCGAGAGUUGAAAUGAGUUCCACUGAACUCCUUCAAGCUCAAGCUCUUAUCUGGAAUUUAUCCUUCAAUUACAUGAAAUCCAUGUCACUAAAAUGUGCCAUUGAGCUAGGCAUCCCAGAUAUCAUCCACAACCAUGGCCAACCCAUUAGUCUUUCGAAGCUCAUUGAAUCCCUCCCUAUCCACCCUUCCAAAACUCAUUGCAUUUGUCGCCUUAUGCGCCUUUUAGUUCACUCUGGCUUCUUUACAAAACAAAAAGGGGAUCACCAAACUCAACAAGAAGAGAAAUACUCUCUCACGCCCGCUUCUCGGCUUCUCCUGAAAGAUGAACCAUGUAGGCUUGCACCAAUAUUUUUUACCCAAUUUGAACAAGAAUUCCGACAAACAAGCCUCUUCAUUAGCACUUGGCUGCGCAGUAGUGACGAUACUGCAUUUGAAACAAUCCACGGAAUGACUUUCUGGGAUUUUGUUGCACAAAACCCCAGAGCACAACAAGUAUUUAAUGGCGAAAUGGUUACGGACUCCAAGCUAACGGCUGAAAUCGUGGUAAAAGACUGUAAGAAGGUGUUUGAGGGGUUGAAAUCUUUGGUGGAUGUAGGAGGUGGAACAGGAACGAUGGGCAAAGCAAUAGCCAAGGCGUUCCCAUACAUGAAAUGUACCGUGUUUGAUCUCCCGCAUGUUGUUGCGAAUUUGCAGGGAACUGAGAACUUGAAUUUUAUAGGGGGUAAUAUGUUUGAGGGAAUCCCUCCUGCAAAUGCACUUAUGCUCAAGUGGAUUUUGCAUGACUGGAACGAUGAAGAGGCUGUGGCUAUCUUGAAGCGAUGCAGAGAAGCAAUAUCGAGCAAAGAUGAGGGCGGAAAGCUUAUAGUCAUUGAGGUGAUAGCUGAAGACCCAAAGAUGGAUAAACAGUCAACUGAAACCCAACUCUGUUUGGAUGUAAUGAUGAUGACUGCAUAUGGUAAGGAGCGAAGUCUUAUGGAAUGGGAGAAACUCUUUUUCGCCGCUGGCUUCGGUCACUAUGAGAUAACUUAUGUGCUAGGACUAAGGUCUCUCAUUGAGGUGUAUCCAUGAAAACUUAUAUAUUUAUUGCUACCUAUAUCGCUGUUCAACAAAUAAAAACAAAUUGGUCCUCAAUUUGUUUACAAAAUUAUAUAUGUAGAAUAAGUCUAUUUAGGCAAUCAUUAACUUAGUUAAAUUCAAGAUGCUUAUGUCAAAUUCUUAUUAGUUAAUUGUAUUAUAUGUUGUUAUUUGAAUUUAAAUUUUGUUUUGUCAAA